CAAUUGCUGGUGUAAUAACCCCAUUAUAAGUAAAUAAGUUCUUUCUCACACUUGCUUAUCGGUAACAUACACGAUUCUCUGCCACAAACAUUCUUCCAAACAGGCAGUGGCACCAUCUAUGGCUCUCAGUCACCGUUCUGGACUUCACUAAGAGUUUCUCCCUCACGUUAUGUACGAUUAUUUUCUGGCCACAAGGUUGGGGGUGAGUAUUAAUUGGCUUCAAUAACAAGUUUCAACAGCAAAAAUAUGGAAGUAAGAAACACAGACCAAUUAGAGGAAACCGUUAAUUUCACUUCUGAUUUCAAAGCUGAAGUUAAAGCUUUUGAUGAUUCAAAAGCAGGCGUCAAAGGUUUAGUGGAGUCCGGGAUUUCAAAGACUCCACGCAUUUUUCAUACUGGGAAAUUGGACAUCGGUGAAAACUCAGCUAGUGACUCCAACUUGAGUGUUCCCAUCAUAGACCUUCAAGACAUACACAUCAAUCCAGCUCUGCGCGUAGAGGUAAUUGGCCAAAUUAGAAGUGCUUGUCACGAGUGGGGAUUUUUUCAGGUGAUAAAUCAUGGAAUUCCCGUCAUUGUCUUGGAUGAAAUGAUUGAUGGAAUCCGUAGGUUUCACGAACAAGAUGCUGAUGUCAGAAAAGAGUUUUACACUCGUGAUAUAAAGAAAAAAGUUGUAUAUUACUCCAAUGGAACCUUGUUUAGCGGCCAAGCUGCAAAUUGGAGAGAUACAUUCGGUUUUGCUGUUGCUCCUGAUCCUUUCAAACCAGAAGAUAUACCAUCAAUCUGCAGAGAUAUUGUGAUUGAAUAUUCUAAGAAAAUAAGAGAUUUGGGUUUCAAGAUCUUUGAGUUACUGUCAGAGGCACUAGGACUUAAUCCUUCUUAUCUCAAAGAGUUGGAUUGUGCUGAAGGACUAUUUAUUUUAGGUCAUUACUAUCCACCAUGUCCUGAACCUGAACUAACUAUGGGCGGUUCCAAGCAUACUGAUAGUGACUUCUUCACAUUACUUCUACAAGACCAACUUGGCGGUCUUCAAGUUCUUCACGAGAAUAAAUGGGUCAAUGUUUCUCCGAUACAUGGAGCUCUUGUUGUAAACAUUGGAGAUCUUUUACAGCUUAUCACAAAUGACAGGUUUGUUAGUGUUUUUCACCGAGUCUUAUCACAGAACAUAGGCUCAAGAGUUUCUGUUGCAAGCUUCUUUGUGAAUUCUUCUGAACCAAUUCAAGGAGUAUCAAAGAUUUAUGGUCCUAUUAAGGAAUUGCUUUCAGAAGAAAACCCACCUAUCUACAAAGACACCACUCUAAAAGAUUUCUUGGCACAUUUUUAUGCAAAAGGCCUUGAUGGAACUUCUUACUUAGAGCCUUUUAAGUUGUGAAUUCAACAGUAAAAACAUCAACAACAAAUAGUAUCAUCAAUCAACACAUAUACUCAUGGUCAGCAAUUGAAAGUGGAGGUGGGUAUCAAUGGCUUCUGUUGUUAGAAGGCGUUGGAAUUGGUGGAUAUUGGCUUCCUUUGAACCUGAUUUGGGUAUUCUGGUAAGGUGAGCUUGUUUGCCCUCUUUUUAAAAUCUCAUUGUCAGCUUAUCUUAGUAAAACAUAAUGGGAACUUUUUAAGUCACCCCUAUAUAAAUACUUCUGAAAAUUCUAAAAUAUUAUUCGGAAGUGCAUAUCCAAGCGUUUGUUAUGAUGGCAUGCGAGAGAAGUGAGAAAUAUGUUUCAAAAGUUCGGACGUUAAACAUGAUGACACAAUAUCGAGAAAAAUGUGUGUCCGUUUAAAUUGUGGCGUUUUAGUGUCAUUUGCGGUAUUCAUAAUCAUGCAUUGGAUACCAAGCUACAAGGGCAACCAAUUGUGUGUCAGCUUAAGGCAGAAGAGAAGGAAUCUAUUUCAGAAUUAUCGAUAAUCAAAGUUGGGCUGAGAAACAUACUUGUCGAUUUGAAACGAAAAAAACCACAAAGUAUUUCAAAUAUCAGACAGAUAUACAAUGAACAUUAUCAAUUGAACAUCGAGUAAAGAGGUCUGGGGUCUGAAAUGCAACAACUUUGAGACUUUUGGAAGAUAACCAAUACGUUUCAAGGUACAGAACUUGUGAAGACAAUGUUACUAUUCGUGACAUAUUUUGGACUCAUCCAGAAAGUCUCAAGUUGUUCAACACAUUUUCGACCAUCCUUAUAAAUGAUUUGACAUACAAGACCAACAAAUAUAGGCUUCCGCUUCUAUAAAUUGUUGGUGUCACCUCUAUGGACAAGGCAUUUUCGGUAGGAUUCAGUUUUCUGGAAUCUGAGAAAGAAGAUCAUGUUACAUGGGCAUUGGGAAUAUGCAAGACUUUUCUGAUUGAUCCACAAAAUAUGCCUAGUGUCAUUGUUACUGACGAGAUAAUGCCCUUAUGCAUGCGGUUGGUACUGUGUUUCCAACAUCAACCGCAUUACUUUGUUGGUAUCAUAUAACAAAAAAUGUGAGAUCUAGGCUUAAACCUGCAGUUGGCACCAAGAAAAAAAUGAUGAAGAUGAAAAAAUGAUCAAAUCCGAUGUUGUGGUCGAGAAGAUAAUGGAUGCAUGGACAAAUAUUUUAAAUUCAUGUACAUAAGAGUUGUAUACGAAGAAUGUGGUACACUUCAGGACCCAGUGUAACACCCAUAUUUAUUAUUUCGUAUUUUAUUUUAUUAUUUAUGAAUUAUAUGGAUUAAGUGUGUUUAUAUGUGCUUAUGUGGCUUUAUGUUAUUAAUUGAGUUUUACUUGUAUAUGACAUAAGUUGGUGAUUAGGCUAGUUAUUGGGCCUAUGAUAGGACUAGCAUUAGAGAUGUGUUAAUUAGGGCCCAUUAGCAAUUAGAAGAUAGUAAGGGUUUAACAAAACAAGGGUUUUAGAGGAAAAUAGAAUAAGAAGCUCAUUUGGGAUUUUUUUGGUGAAAGAAGAGAAGAGAGAAGAGAAAAAGAGAUUGAAGAUUAGAGUUGGCUUCAAUCCAAAUCCCAAGGUAAGGGUGGGAUUAUUUCACGCUAAAGGGAUGUAUGAUGAUGUUUAGUGUGGGGUUUUGAUUGUGUGUUGUAUCCAUGGAAUGGUGUGUAGAAUUUUAGGGUUUAUGAUGAAAAUGCACGAAUCUUUAAUUUGGAAAUGUGUUUUAAUUGAUGUUUGAUGAUAGAUGAUGAUAGAUUUUGUGAUUAUAUGUGUUUAAUUGCCAUUUAGAAUGAUUUUUGGGUGAUGGAUAAGUGAUUACGCAGUUCACUAAGUGGACCUUGCUGUGCAAAACUUGUUCAAACUUGGACAUGAUGUCUCUUUUGAACCGUAACUUGUUUUUAAGUGUCGUUCGAACUUCCGUGAAGCCUUAAUUGAUGUCUUUCUAAUAAAUAUGAUUUGAAAACCUUUGGGAACCUUUUUGAAGAUUUCUUUAAAUGAACUUGUUUGAUGUUGUAAUUGUUGUUGUGAAGUGGUGUGUUGUUGUAUGAUGUUACAACAUAGCGACGUGGUUGUGAAGUGAUGAAUUACUAUAAAAGUAAUGAUGUUUAAUUGAUGUUGGUGAUUUGUUGUAUAUGUUAUGUUUGUGUGGAUGUUUCAUUCAUCGAGUCACACCCAUUGCAUAAAAGAGACGUGGCCUUAAUGGCAAAAGCGACGAGGCAUUGAUGGCAAAUAGCGACAUGUGCUCAAUGGCAAAUUUUGAGACGUGGGAGUUUUACUUCAAAUGGUACCACAUGCAUUUGCAUAAGUCGAGUCACUUGUGAAUUGUAUUUGAGUCUUAUUUGAUUAUGUUGUUGUGACUUGAUGAAGAUAUGUUUGUUGUGAUGCGAUGACUUGAUGAUGAGAUGUUUGUCGUGAUGUGUUGGAAUCUUACUUGUGAAUUGCAAAUAUUGUCAUGGUUAAUUGUUGACAUUGUUUCCGUUUCAUACGUUGAUUAUGUGAUGUGAAUUGUUGUAUUGUGUGUUGUGAUGAGAAGUGGUGACCAAUGUAUGAU